CAAACAAGAACUGUGGGCAGUCAUAGAUGUGCCUCCGUUCAACCACCUUUUAUUUAUAAAAGAACACAAUGCAAACAUAUGCACGGCCAACAUUCAUCAUGCUAGUGCCGUAGGCGUUGCUCUUCAAGUUAUGACAUGCAAGUCUUGCAUAGACAGGUUGAUUUUAUAACUCAGCCGUGCUUAUUAGAGCGCAUUAACAAAGGAUGUAGUCACGAAACAAACUGGAUCGAAAAUGCAUGUAUUUUUUAAAAGUGAAACAAAACAAGAUCUGCGUUCUAGCUGAAUCACAACUGGACGCAUCUUAAGAUCGGACUGACAGUUUCGAUUGUCGCUGUUUGAGUUCAAGUUCAUCUGAAGUGCGUUAUGGAGACUUGCGUGAUAGCCUUCGAGGAAAACCAAAACGAUAUCGUCAAUAUACAUUCGUGUUUUGCGAGGACGUUUUCGUCUAUGACAGUGGACGAUGUGUAUGAAAUCGCUAAAGUGGUGGGGUCAGAAUUGGAGAAGCUCAUCGACAGCUAUGGGAAGUCGAGCGUGGAAGGUCUGGUGUCUCACAUAGUGAAAGUGUUGGAGCUCUUGGAGAGUUUCGCAGCGAGAAAUCAAUCUAAUAAAUGUAAGGAAGAGGACCUAUUGAAGGCCUUUGAAACGUUACAGUUACAGCAGCAGAAGAAGCGAAAUGUGAAGGAAUGCGAUGAGAGCAGCAACAGCUUAGAGAGUCGGGACUGGCAUCAGAAAGAGAAGAAACUGAAGGAGAACGUAGAAGUGUUAGAGUCGCAUGUGCGUCAGCUCAAGGAAGAGAACCAGGAGCUUUUGACCCGCUUACAAUGCACACACUCCAAAGAAGACCGCACACAGCGUCAGGAACGAGAGGUGAUGCUCAAGCUGAAGGAAGUGGUGGAUAAGCAGCGGGAUGAGUUGAGAGCGAAAGUUCAGGAGAUAUCCAGCUUGUCCAAGGAGGUGGAAGCGCUCCAGGAGCAGCAGGAACGGCUAAUGAAGAUAAACGCAGAGCUCAGACACAAGCAGAACAUCAUCCAGACUCAGCUGAAGAGCGCGGUGGAGAGGAAGGCGGACAUGGAGGCCGACCUGUGCGAGAAACAGAAAGAGAUAGAGUGCCUGAAAUCACAACUAGAAAGAGCCAGCGUGAAUACUGCUGCUGAAACUAGCAGUUCAGCCAUUGACCUCACAGAUAAGAUGAUCAUUGACUUGAAAGAUCCAAAUCGGCCUUGUUUUACCAAGAUGGAAGUACGGGAAAUGCUUUUUGAGAGGAACGAGUUGAAGGCCAAUCUCUUUCUGGUGAAAGAAGAGCUUGCAUAUUACCAAAGGGAAAUCCUGAAUGAUGAGAGAUGCCCAGGGUUUUUACUCGAUGCCGUGCGCUCUGCCAUAAAGAAGCAGAGGACCGUCAUAAAGUCUAAAAUGCUCGGCAUACCUGUUAGCGAAUGUAGCACAGAUGAGACAGAUGGCCCUUUGUUUGAGAGGAGUGGAAAUGAAGACAUCGACACUGACAGCAAACCCCAGGACUCGCGCAUCAGAAACAUAUUUGGUUUCCUGACACGGUCCAGUCUUACUAAGAGCUCCGGUUCCCAGCCCUCUGACCUUCCGACAUCCAGCUCCACAUGGGAAAUCAUCGAUCCAGAUGAGCAGGGAGACGAGGGAGAGACACAAACCCUCAGCUCCUCUUGAGAACCACCCCAUCUGUCACUCAUCCUUUUUCAAAAUAGGUUCUUGAUCUCAUUUAGGUUUCAAACGAAGGAACGGACUGAAGAUUGUAUUGAGAGAACUAUUUCUCUAUCUAUAUGGUUAUACAGACAUGGUAUUUUUAUGGUUUUUGCCGUCAUUUUUACUCAUAGUAUAAAGUCAGCACUUGACUUUGACUUUUUUAAAUUGGCUCAUAGCUAGUUUUGAGCUUGAUGGUCACUCAAGAGAAGACCUGAAGAUGAGUUUAGACUGUCAGUCCCAUAUUUUGUUGUUAGUUGUUUACAAUUCUGUUCGAAGAUUUGGGGUCGGUAAAAUUUCAAGAGCACCAAGGCUGCAUUUAUUUGAUCAAAAAUAACAAACAGUAAAGUGAAAAAUUAUUACAACUCUUUUCCAUUUUUGUAUAUUUUAAAAUAUAAUGUAUUCCUUUGAUGGCAAAGCAUAAUUUUUCCAGUCUUCAGUGUCACAUGAUCCUUCAGAAAUCAUUCUAAUAAAUUGAUUUAGUGCUCAAGAAGCAUUACUUGUUAAUAUCAAUGUUCUUUAAAAAACAAAUCUUACUGACCCUAAACUUUUCAAUGACAGUGUAUAGUUAUAGGUGAAGUGUAUCAUUUGUUUCACUUUCUCCUAUUACAGUUUAAUAUGCUAAUACAACUGUAAGUAAGACAUUUUCUGAAUGUAAACAAUGCUAUUGUGGCACUUCUAAAAUAUUGCUAUUUCAAGGCCCACUUCUGGCUCAACCAAUGGGAUGUUUUUGGGGCGAGGCUAAGCUGUUUAGCGGGAAAUUGACUUGGAAGGGCUAUAGCAGGCUUUGGAAACAAUAAUUAUUCCUUCAAUUUAAUUUGGUGGUGCAUAAAUGACUGCAGAAUGGUGCACUUAAAAACAUGGGAGUAGUCUGCAGUGUUUUGAUAAUCAUAAUACACCUGGCAUUAUAUUUUCGAUGUCUGGAUGGAAGCUAGAGAGAAUUAUAGCAGCUAUUUUUAUAGAGAGUAUAUUUAAUAUGGAUUUUAACCAAAGAUACUGACAUUGUAUUACAAUCACUAUCAGAGAUAAUCACACUGACCCUUUUAUGUCAAUAGGGGGCAUUAUAGUAUUCUGUAUUCAAUCAUGAUCAAGUAUUUUAUUUGUUGGUAAAACAUUAGCUGUCCCUAAAAAGUAUAUUUUUUUUAAGGAUACAGUAUCUAUAAGGAUUUUCAGCAUGUUUUUAAAUAGAAAUAUUUUAAUGUUUGCUUCUAACAAUUUUUUUAAAGUCAUGCAAUGCCAGUUUUGUGGAGAUGUCCAUGAUUGUUAACCUUGUGUUAAAAAAGCGAUGCUUAAAUGUUUGUCUGAUCUGUUAAAGGGAGAGUUCACUAAAAAAUUUCAAUUUCGUCAUAAUUUCCUCAGCCUCAUCUCAUUCCAAACUUGUUUGACUCUUCUGCAGAACACAAAAGAAUUAAAUAAAUAUUAAGACAUGUGUUAAGAAUUUUGAAGAAUACAAAAUGAAAAAACACUGGAUAUCUCUCAAAACAUCUUAUUUUUUGUUCCACAGAAGUCAGUCAGUCAUAAAAGUUUGAAACAAUGUGCAUGGGGCGAGUAAAAGAUGACAAAAUGUUCAUUUUUUGCUGAACUAUAUCUUUAAUAAGUUGGUACCUCUUUAGCCAUUCAUUUAAAAUAAGCAAAAAUGUGGAUGUGAUUCAAAUAUACUUUGUAUGCAUGGUGUUCCCUGAUUGAGAGGAAGUCUGUGUUUCCUCAAGAGGAAAUUAGAGUUAAUGGAUGCGAAUAUGUUUUAAAGGCCCGAAUUCUGUAUUCCUUAGCUGUCUGUGACUCAUCUGUUUAUUUUUUGGACCAUUGGAAAUAACAGUGAAUGAGUCCUAUACUGACUUUUUACUGUUUUAUUUUUGCAAACAUGUUUGUUAAAGUGCUAUGAAGCUAAAUAAAAGCUUUAGGGGUUAUUGUGA